GAAUCGUUUCGUAGAAAAGGAUUCGAUGUAUUGUAAAAUUAUUUCACCAUUACUUCACUCAAAAAUCCAUUUUGGUGUUCGCAUGGAAAAUCCCUCUAAUCACAGGAUUUGAAAUCGUUCCAUUGCAGCAGGACAUGGAGGAAUCAGCCCAAGCUUUCAAGAAUCUUCACAGCAGAGAGUAUCAAGGUCACAAGAAGAAGGUACAUUCCGUGGCAUGGAAUUGCACGGGCAUGAAGCUUGCUUCCGGUUCUGUUGAUCAAACUGCUCGAGUUUGGCAUAUUGAGCCUCACGGACAUGGUAAGGUUAAGGAUGUUGAGUUGAAAGGGCACACUGAUAGUGUAGAUCAGCUAUGCUGGGACCCUAAACAUUCUGAUCUUAUAGCGACUGCAUCUGGGGACAAGACCGUUCGACUAUGGGAUGCUCGCAAUGGGAAAUGCUCACAGCAAGCUGAGCUCAGUGGCGAAAAUAUCAACAUCACCUACAAACCUGAUGGGACACACAUCGCUGUUGGAAAUAGGGAUGAUGAACUUACAAUUCUGGAUGUUAGGAAGUUUAAACCAGUUCACAAGCGCAAGUUCAACUAUGAGGUGAAUGAAAUAGCUUGGAACAUGACUGGGGAGAUGUUUUUCCUGACAACUGGAAAUGGUACUGUUGAAGUACUAGCAUACCCAUCUCUUCGACCAAUUGAAACUCUUAUGGCUCAUACAGCGGGUUGUUACUGCAUUGCAAUUGACCCUGUUGGAGGGUAUUUUGCAGUUGGAAGUGCUGAUUCAUUAGUUAGCUUAUGGGAUAUAUCGCAGAUGCUUUGUGUGCGAACAUUUACAAAACUUGAAUGGCCUGUUAGAACAAUAAGUUUCAACCACACAGGAGAAUACAUUGCUUCUGCCAGUGAGGACUUGUUCAUUGAUAUAUCAAAUGUUCAAACGGGACGAACGGUUCAUCAAAUUCCUUGUCGGGCUGCAAUGAACAGUGUGGAGUGGAAUCCAAAACAUAAUUUACUUGCAUAUGCUGGGGAUGACAAGAACAAGUAUCAGGCUGAUGAAGGUAUUUUUAGGAUCUUUGGGUUUGAAAGUCCAUGAGAAAUGGAUCAACUAUGGAGAAUUUUCCAAUUCUGUGAUACUUUAUUAUGUUCCUUCAUUUCUGGCAAAAUGUAUUGAAUUUCAGUUAGUGGCUUUUACCAUAAAGUUAAUCAUAUUUCCCCUUGAAACGACAA